AUGCUUUGCACUUUAUUGCUGCUAACGUGUCUGACUGCCUGCGUGUCCGCCUCACGCGGGCAUGCCGCCAACUCAGCCUUCCACAACCCCAUCUUUCCCGGCUUCUACCCGGAUCCGAGUUGUAUUUACGUGGCUGAACGAGACCAGACUUUCUUCUGUGCCUCGUCGACCUUCAAUGCCUUCCCCGGCAUCCCUAUCCAUGCCAGCAAGGACCUGCGGAACUGGAAGCUGAUCGGUCAUGUCUUGAACCGGAGAGAACAGCUGCCUCGACUGGCCGAGACCAACAGGUCGACCAGUGGCAUCUGGGCACCAACACUCCGUUUCCACGACGACACCUUCUGGCUGGUCACGACGCUGGUUGACGAUGACAGGCCCAAGGAAGACCCCUCCAGAUGGGACAACAUCAUCUUCAAAGGCAAAGACCCAUACAGUGAGAAGUCAUGGUCCAAGGCAGUUCACUUCAAUUUUACCGGCUACGACACCGAGCCCUUCUGGGACGAGGACGGAAAGGUCUACAUCACUGGUGCUCAUGCUUGGCAAGUCGGGCCGUACAUCCAACAAGCCGAGGCGAACCUCGAGACCGGCGAAACCGGGGAAUGGCGUGUUAUUUGGAAUGGGACCGGCGGCAUGGCUCCUGAGGGACCGCACAUCUACCGCAAAGAUGGUUGUUACUACCUGCUGGCCGCCGAAGGAGGCACCGGGCUGGGUCACAUGGUGACCAUAGCCCGUUCCAAGAAGAUUUCCGGGCCAUACGAGUCCAACCCAGCGAACCCCGUGUUGACCAAUGCGAACACUACGAGUUACUUCCAGACUGUUGGCCAUUCCGAUUUGUUCCAUGACCGCAACGGAAACUGGUGGGCUGUUGCCCUAUCCACCCGCUCCGGGCCGGAUUACCUCCAUUAUCCCAUGGGCCGCGAGACCGUUAUGACCGCAGUCAGCUGGCCCAAGGGCGAAUGGCCAGUAUUUACCCCGAUCUCAGGCAAGAUGAGCGGCUGGCCAAUGCCACCAGAGACAACAGACAUCCGCGGAAUCGGGUACCAUGUCCUGACUCGGCUCCAAAGCCCCUACGUCAACACCAACGCCCCAGAAACCCUCACCUUCAACCCCAAAUCCACUCUCCCAGCCCACCUCACGCACUGGCGCUUCCCGAUCCCCUCCUCCUACACAAUCUCCCCUCCCGAAAAGCCCUACACGCUCCGGCUGGCCCCGUCCACCCUGAACCUCACCGCGCUCAACGGCAACUACGCCGGCCCGGGAGGACAGACCUUCAUCUCGCGCCGGCAGCAACACACCCUCUUCACCUUCAGCAUCGACCUCGAUUUCGCCCCCUCCAGCCUCGAGGAGGAGGCCGGCGUGACCGUCUUCUUGACGCAGAACCACCACCUCAACCUGGGAAUCGUCCUGCUCCCCCGCCGCCGCAGCAGCGCCAUGUCCACUUUGCCCACCGCCAUCUCUGGAGACGGGAAGCACAAGAAACCUGGCGAUGCGGACGAGGAGGAAGGGCCGGAUGAGGAGCUGGUUCCACACAUCCGGUUCAGGGGCGAGUCGUACGUCCCCUUGCCGGCGCCGGUGGUGGUUCCUGUGCCGGAGGGGUGGGGGAGAGGCGGGACGUUGACGCUGGAGAUUAGCGCGUGCAACGCGACGCACUACGCCUUCGGCGUCGGGCCUGCGGGGAGGCGGUCGCUGAUGCGGCGGGUGCAGGAGGUUUCGAACGAGCCUGUUAGUUGGGGCUUUACCGGAACGCUGCUGGGGAUCUACGCCACGAGUAAUGGACGGAAUGGGACUACGCCGGCGUACUUCUCCAAUUGGCGUUAUGUUCCGCUGGAGCAGUUCCGUGACUAG